AUGCGGCAACACUCUCAACACCCUCCUCCACAGCCUCCUCAACUUUCCCAGCUCCACAGUCGUCUCGCAAACGGAACUCCCUCUCCUCCCCAUCCUCAUCCCCAUCCUCCAGCAGUCCCUCUCCCUUUAUCGCUGCCUCUUCCUCCCCCUCCUGCGGCUGCUGCGGCGGCGGCUGCUGCUGCUGCUGCUGCUGUUGCUGCUGCCGGUCAUUCUGCUCACCCUCCCCAAUCCCGGAUGUCAAACGAUCUACGCAAUCGCACCCCUCUGCCGGUGCCCUCAGGUGCCACGGCGCAUGUGCAGAACGGCCAUACCCGCAGCAUGUCGGCUAUCCCGCCCUUCGACAUGGCUCGCAGCCCUCCAAAUCCGGCUAGCAAGAACACCAAACAUGUCCCCUGCAAGUUCUUCCGUCAAGGCGCCUGUCAAGCCGGGCCCGCAUGCCCGUUCCUGCAUUCUACCGACUCUUCCGUCGAUUCCGCUCCCUGCAAAUACUUUUCAAAGGGAAAUUGCAAAUUCGGAGCAAAGUGUGCUCUGGCGCAUAUAUUACCAGAUGGACGCCGCGUUAACAGACCUAAUAUGAUGCCCCCAAUGGGAAUGAGUGGCGGUCAUCUCAACCUCGGUGGCCGCGUAAACCCCCAGCAGUACCACACCCAAGACUCCGCCCUCGCAAACUCUUUGCUCUCUCAACAACAUGUCAACGGCCACGGACACAGAUUUUCUUACCCUUUCCCGGGAGGCCAGGAUGAUAUCUAUGGCCACCAACAACCCCAAAACCCCCCCGUUCCCUUCGACGGUGGUAUCCCUACAAUUGAAGCUGGCUUCGUACCGGAUAAUGGCUCCAAAUAUGGUUCUCCCCCCGAAGAACAGAGACUGCCCAUGUCCCCAAUCGGAAACACUGCGCUCGAUGCCCCUCUCCCAGCAUCCUUUGAUAGCCAAGGAAUAUCCUACAUGGCUCGUCAUGGCCCCGUGGCAGCGUCCCUUCCCUCCAAGUUUGGCCUAGAUCUCUCCUCACCGCCUUCCCAGCGACCAGGGCCUCCGUCGGACGUCCUUCGGAAUCUUCACGAUGCUGCGUUUGGUUUAGACUCCCGGAAGCCAGCAAAUCUCGGCACAUCGCCUCCCGUCAUCCUGGAUGAAGGGUCAGCACCUCGGUUGAUGCAUUCCCAGCGUAUAUCAAGACCAAAGAUACUCUCAGCAAGUGUCCCCCGCUCAACCGCCCUGGAUGGCUGGGAUGACAGCUUCACUCUGGAAGAAGAUUACCUACCACCAAAUCUCCAUGACGACGUAUUGACCCCACAGGAGAGAAUGAGGCGAUUAUCCCGAACAGAACAAGACCACGGCAACCUCAGCAGCGCUAGAGAUUUCGGCGGCCUGGGUAUGCCAAGCGCAGGAACCGGCAGGGUAGGUUCGCCACUGGCCUCGAGCCCGUCCCGCUUCGGCGCAAUCUUCGCCAAACAGCGUCAGAGAAAGGAGGAGGAGGGGCAGGGACAAGUCGGUUUCGGCCACGUCGGUUCCCCUCUGCGAGAAUCCUCCUUGAAUUACCACGCCGCAAGCCCCAGCCCCAACCUCCGCCCCAUCGGCAGCCGCCCAACCUCCGGCGACGUAUCCCCCUUCAUAUCCAGCCCGUCCCGCCAAUCUUCCAUGUCCAUUAUCUCCCAACAACUCAGCAGCACGUCAUUACAUCCCAGCUCAGCCCGACAUGCCUCGACGGGCAGCAGACUUGAUCGCAGCGUGUCAUCCCCCGUUAGCACGAGCAGGAUUGACGAGGAGCAGAGCGACCUUGUCUUCUCCAUGGAGGAGGAAGAGAAUAACAAGCGUAAUAGCACCGUGUGGAAUUCAAGUAAUACGGCCGGCAGUGCGGGUCAUAAUCAUAAUACUAAUGCUAAUAAGGCUUCGACGAAGGGCAAGGAUGGUUCGACGGCUACGGCGGCGGGACAGUUACGACAAAAGCCGCUGGCACAGCAACAACAGCAGGUACAGGAGAAUACACAGGUGGCAGCGAUGCAAGGACAGCAAGAGGGUAAUAAUGGCGGUGCUGACGCUAAAGGGAAGACUCUUCUGAAGGAAAUAGAGUCGCUGUAUAGUGGUGGGCGGGCGUAA